UACAAAUCGUCAUACAUCUCGUCCCGUCAGGGACCACAGUUUUGAUUGGCGAAUGUCGAAAUUUUCUCGACCAGAGGUAUUCAUCUCUUGUCCCUCGUGGUGUUCAGUGUGUUUAGUGUUAGGAUUACGUAGUGCCAGUGCGUGUCGGAUUAAGUUCCCGGGAAUAGAAUGAGUGCGUAGUUCAGUGUCUUAGAGGAAAAAAAAUUCGGAAAAUGUUCUUCAGGAGAGUUUUUGCCAAAAAUAAUGGAAACUCGUCGACGGGUGGUGAAGGUUCCUCUUCAAAUUCGUCGAACAAUGCUAGCUCUUCUCCUGCUCGAUACCGGAGGGUUCUAAACGUGGAAGAUAAUCAUCGGGUGUUGUCCGUGUUACAAUUGACGCCUCUCUGGGAGUACAUCAUCCGGAACAAUGAGCUCCCGGUGGGGUUGAACAUGAAUGAAUUGUUCAGGGAGUUCUUGGAGCGAUUGCACGAUCCUGAGUAUCAAGUUCGACAACAUUCGCUUAGAGUACUGAUUGAUGUGUUGAUUGUUCUUCGCGAUGAAUCCGAUGUGUAUUUCGGACCUCUGUUACCACCAAUCAUCGACAAUUUGGGACAUCCAUCGCCGGCUGUCAGAAAAGGGGCUUUAGAUGUUUUGAAAGUGUACAUUGCUCAAACGAAGAUGCCGGAAACUGUCAUGCUUGAGAUUAUGAAUUACGGAAUGGAUCGGAAUCCGAAGGAUCCACUUAGCACUCGUUACAUCGUAGGGGUGAUGCUGGCAUUACCAUCGCUCAUUCAACCAGCAAUCCUGACAGCAAAACGAACUUUCAUCUUACGUGCCGUCAUCAAUGCCUUGGGUGGCAAAAUGGUUCAGAUAACCUAUCAGGAGAUUGCGUUGAAGAUCCUCCUCAAAAUUAAGAAUACAAUAGGCUCGCGAGAGUUUUACGAAUGCAUUUCCGUUGCUUACCGGAGAGAUUUCGACUUGCUGUGCAACGUAUAUGGACUACCGAAUCCUCCAAAAAGUCCACGAAGAGAAAAUGUUAUCAAUUUGACACCUCCCGGAUCCGAACUACCUAUUCGAAAAUCUUGGAAACCUCAUGUUCCUCAAGUUCCUACCACAGAAGUUCAUCAACCGAUGCAACCACUCUCUCCAAAAGCACAACGGUGGAAAUCUGGAAGUUUUAACGAUGUCUCGAGAGCUGAAACAUAUGAAUCUCGGUUCAACAACAACCCUUACGCGAUCAGUAGAUUACCUCAACAUGGAAGUUCAGUGGUUCGACGAGUUAGUAUGGAUAAUAUCGAUAAAAUCGACAGUUCCAGAGUAAUAAUGGAAACUGACAUCAAGAUCAAUAAGGAAUCAGUUACCAUGCGUAUAGUAGAGGCAGAAAACUCCCAAUCAAUUAGUGAAGAAAGUGAUGAAGACAGUACGAAACGGUAUGGAAUAAUGCGAGUGUUGACUGAUAGUGAAAUGGACGAGAGUGCGGGUCAUAAGAAUGAAGAUGUGUCUGGUGCAAUGCUAAAUCAGUCCUCGGAUGAAUAUGUGCGAAGAACACCCAGAAGGGUGCGAUUUGGAGGUGAAGUUGUGAAAAUGAGGACACCUGACAGUGAUACUUUUGAACAUAGUGAUCAAGAUGGACUUACGGUUUCCCAAUCAUCUAGUUCUAGCGCCCACGCUAAUGUUAACAAUCCUAGCUCUUCAUUUACGGCUAGUUCUUCCGAACGAUUUUCACCAACGAUGCAGCGAUCUGCGCUCAAAUCAUCAACUUCCUCAACUGAUAACUUUAGCUCUUCCAUGAGAAAGCAGUACUCACACUCCGCUGAAACAGAGAGAUCCUCUCCGCCAAUAAGUAGCGAAUACAUCAGUAACAUAAGCAACAACAGACCCAUGUCUGCAAAGCCCGGUAGCUACGUCAGCUCUGAGGAUACCCCAACGCACAGGCAAGCUGCAUUUUCUAGGCGGAGAAGCGUCACUUUCGAUGAAGACGAUAUGCAAGCAUCUACCCUUUCAGCAACUACCCUCGAUCAGCUAGAUACACCGUCCCCUACUCCUGAGCCCCCAGAGCCACCUGAACCCCCUCAAGAACGUCCUAAAUCAUCCCGACCAAAAUCUGGACGACCAGCUACAGCUGAAAGCAAUCUGCAGUCGGAAGAUCGGCCGAAGUCCUCAAGACCCAAAUCCGGACGAUCGCAGCCGACAUCAUGUCAGAAUGAUUGUUCAUCUGAACCAAUAAAAGAUGAAGACAUGCAACCCAAACCUAAGGCUAAACCUGAAUCUCCAGACAAUCACAGCCAUCCUGAACCCCCGGAAACGAAUCAAAUUCUUGCGGAGAAAAUAGAAGAAGUCAAGCAAGCUAUUCAAGGCAUAGAAGAAAAAAUCAACAAUGUGGUUCUCAAAACUGUAGAAGCGAUCAACGAUAUACCAUCCAGUCCAUCCAAGCUUCAGAAAUCGGAAUCAGCUGACUCAGCUACCAUGUCAACUCCAAAACUGCAGAAACCUAACUUAUCACUCGAAGUGCUGCUAAAAACUAGUACGGAUACAAAGGAUAACCUGGAAAAAGAAGCUUCGGAUCCAGAGAAAGAAGCGAAAGAUUACACCAAGGAGCUCAACAUCGACAUACCCGAGGACCACAAACCAAACAACGAAGCCCCACCGGUUGCUGAACCGAAACCAAACGGGGCAUCGAAAAUUCCAAAAAUGGUUAAAACUGGCAUUCACAGGCUAAGCACAAUGCCAUCACCUGUUCGGGAAAAGCUGUCUCCAAAACCUGUGGAACCAGACAAAACUCCAUCCGCAACCCAUUCACCCAGCAAACAUUUGACAGUCAGUGAUCGAGGUCGAUCGAGGCGUCGCAGCCGAUCGGCUACUACUCUAAUUCUACCGAGAAGCAUCUACAGAAGCCCUGCGGCGUUGAGUCCAGCUCCGCACAGUGGCGUCGAGAUGAUACACAACCUACUGAGAAGCCCUUCGACAUCGCCAAACCGAGUAAGACGAAAGAGUUCCGCUGCGGAGCCUCGAAAGGAAUCUCUGGCAACGAGCGACAAGAACAACAACAGCUUAGAGCUGAACAAUUUCAACGGCGACAAAAGUGAUAAGUGUGUCAAUGUCCACGAAGAAGACAUCGACGAUGUGUUUGGAAAGACGAUUGCAACUCAAACAUCUACGGAUGAGUUGGUACCACCAGCUCCACCUUCAGCCAUGGGUUCAAGAUCCGGAACGGAGAUGGAAAUUCCCAGAAUCGUCAACGUCAAUCCAACCGACGAGAGUACCGAUGCUGAAAACAAUAAUGUUCCACUUUCCGCACGGACCACCCGAUCAAAACCCAGCUCCCCCAAAAUGCUGGAAGCUAGAAUCGUCCACUCCUGGGAGGACCUAGGCAUCGUGGAUAGAGUUACUCUGCAGCAACUCAAAAGUGGAGACUGGCGAAUACGCUCUCAAGGUUUCUGCGCCAUCGAAGAAUCGCUCAAAUCGUCCGACAAUCUGGCCAAGGUUCAGCCAUACCUGGAAUCGUUACUGCGGACUCUGCUCUCCUCGGAGCGUAAUCCGGACAUCAUCGAUGAUAAGGUGCGGAUGCUGGUCAAUUUGAUUUCGCGUCUUCCAUUGGAGAACCUCGAGGAUCGAGUGGGACAGAUUAUGACCGGCUUGUGCCGGCAGGGAGGCCCCGGCAGCAAUAACGUAGCGAAAGCGCUCAUGCAACGGUUGCCAACGGCCGCCAUUGUGCAGCGGCUGCUAUCCGAUGAAUUCCUACAUGCCAAAAGUUCAAAAUUUCGUGAGAAUGCACUGCAAAUGGUCCUGUUUGCUCUGAUGACAUUUCCCAGCACGUACUUUGACAUCAAGACGCUGAUUGCAAGGGCUACAGAGGCUGCUGUGGACCGGAAGAAGCGAGUGCGACAUGGAGCGCUCGAUGUGCUAGCAGUAUUAGGACAAAUAAGCUCGCCUAAACUAGUCCUAGACGUGGUGUGUUCUUCGGUUGCUCAGCGUCCCGACGGAAACCACCUGAUAGCAGCCGUCAAGGCCCGCCUGGCCCGCAAGCAGCUUCCCUUCAUCGGUCCGGACGGGAGCGUGGAGUACGCUUUGAAGGUCCCCUCCGGUCGGGCCGGUUCCGUCAUCAUGUUCGGCGCCGAUGUGGACUGGAUCGAAGCCGGAAGUGGUUCGGCGUCGCCAACGUCGACCCGUUCGAAAAACUACCCUAGCUUCCAGGUGGAUGGCGGCGGCGGUUCGUUUGAGGAGUAUAAAAGGUACGAGUUAAGGAAACCGAGCUUCCAAGUGUUCGACGAGGUGAAACAGCCGAUCGACUCGAGUAAAGUUAUGAGCUCCGGGUGGACUUCCAAAAUUCCCGUAAGUCACACGGACGGUAACAUAGCUGCAACUAAUGGAUCGAGACCAUUCUAUGGAAAUGUACAAUCACGGUCAUAUCCGGAGCUCAACGACCAGCAACAGCAACAACAACAACAACACCAGCGAAAGCUUCCCAUAUCCAACAAUGGUAAUGGCGGUGGAAACAUAAAACAACUACCGAACGGACGAUACGCCAAACAGUCAACGAUUUCAAGGUUUCCCGAAAUGGAGCCCAAACAGGGUGGCAGAAAUGGGCUGAAUGCAAAGAACAGCAAUCCCUAUGAGAUGAAGCCGGCAAGGCCGACCCGUAGUAGGCUGUGUACGCGACUGAGUGACGGCUUCAUGAGUGACACCAUAGCCAGCGCCAAUCGAAUCAUUCAAAAUGAAUCUCGUCCAUCGACUGAUCCGGCCAUCGACAAUGGAGCGAUACGGCAAUCUCGAAACGGCAUGAGGUUCUAUAACCCCAACAUUAUGACAAGUAACAACAACAACAGCGGCAGCAGCGGUGGUAGACAACAAGUUGGAUCGCAUGCGCAGAGGCAGGACCAGGACCAGCGUCCCAAUUUAUCACCGAGCAAAUCCUAUGGCAACGGCGGUAGCAAUAACACUGCCCAUCACGCUGCCUACAACAGUAGUGGGCGAUUUUUUGGCGCGGAAACAAUCGAAGUCACGCAUCGGUCACGCUUUCUCGGGGAAGAGGAGAACGAAUCCGGUGCAGCUGGCGGUGCAAUAAAUCAGGAAAGUUAUAUCAUACAUCGUGACGAACAGUACGAUAGCGACAAUGAUGACAAAUCCAGCAACGAUUCGACUUCCACGCGGAUCAUCUCGAACAGUACGUUCAAUUUUGGUAGCAAGAACAGUGAUCCCUAUCCGCCUACGCCGAACAUCAGUCAUCCACCGUCGAUACUGUCCUCGAGACCACAAUCAGUUACCUCACAUAAAUCGAUUGGAUCAGGAAUCUUGAAGAAUGAUGGACGGCUAUCGAGAACUAGCAACAUGUCAUUCAAACAAUCGACUGACAAUGUCUCUGUCAAAUCCAGUCGUUCAGUGAAAAGUCGGGAGCAUACAGUAUGGUAUGAACGUGAUGGGACACCGAUUCGAAGCGAAGAUGUUAUCAGCUCCAAUCAAGUCAACUACGAGUCAGACUACGACGACGAAGUCGAAGAGGAAGUUGUACAACCACAGCGUACAGCAACUCCUAAACGAUAUCCCACUCCAAGCCCGCAUCCUUUACAGUCAUCAUAUUCUACCGAGGAGUUAUCGAACAACAGUUAUCCAGCAGAAGAAGCCGACGUUUUACCGCCCAAAAGCCGUGUUCACUCUGCCAGUUUGGGUAAUCUUCAACAAUUGCCAUACGAAGAAGAGCCGCCACAACCUGCACCUACCAAAAAGAUCCUCAAGAAACCGUUUCUGGUCCGAAAGAGUAGUAAGGUCGCUCCGGUCAAGGAGAUCGUCAGCGGAGUCAAAGCUAAGAAUAAGAUGAACGAAGUGAUAUUUCAAAAAACUCUACGGAAAUUUGACAAACCGAAAGAUGCUCUGUCAAAUUGCAUAAGCCAUCUCGAAAGUCCCAACUGGGAGCAGAACAUCAGUGGACUACAGUUCUUUGUGCGACUGAUACGCCACCAUCCGGAAGUUAUCGACAACCAGAUACACCUUCUUUCGGUAGCGCUCGCCAAACAAGUACGUAAUCUCCGCUCUCAGGUCGCCCGAGCCGCUUGUCAAGCUUCAGCCGAGUUCUUCUCUACCCAUCGACGCUGCAUCGAGGGAGAAGCCGAAGACAUCGCUACUCAUCUGCUUCAUCGCACUGCCGACACCAACAAGUUCCUUCGAGCCGACGCAACCCAAGCGCUGGAAUCCAUGUGCGAAAACCUAUCGAACCACAAGGUUAUUCACAUCAUCUCGUUCAAAGGCGCCACCCACCAGAAUGCCGUAGUGCGCACGACCGCUGCCAAGCUACUCGACAAGAUUGUCCGCCAGCUCGGGCCGGACAAAGUCUUUGCCCUGCCCAAGGAAUCUCGCGAAAAGCUGGUCCUCACAGGAGGGCAGCUGCUUCUCGAGGGAUCACUGGACACGCGCAACUACAUCAAGAGCAUGUUCAAGCAGCUGUCGGAACAUCCCAACUACAAUAAAGUAUUACUGGAAGUCAUUCCACCGCGGACCUACCGAAACAUCGAGAAAUCACUGAAGAGUAUCAAGCAGAUGUAAGCGGCGCGGAGGAGUUGGGUGCAAACUGCAUUUAUGUUAUUGUUUUGUCCUAUAUUAACGUAAAUCCUAGAGAAAUUAGUUGAAAUCUUUGUAACGCAACUGUAAAAUCCAAACACCUAUAUGAAAUUUACUAUCAAAAUAAAUGUUAUAUAA